CUUUUAGCAAUUCGUUAGGCGGGUUUUUCGAAGUCCGGCAUACUCACGCGGUUUGGUGUCUGUCCCGAUAGCUGAUAUCGAAUAUGGCAAUUCGACCGUUACAUCACCCAAGGAUAAUCAAGAAGCACCCAAAGAAAUGGCAUCGUCAUCACAGUGAUCUGUACAAACGACUCGGGGACAAAUGGAGAAAACCAAGAGGUAUAGAUAACAGAGUUCGACGGAGAUUCAAGGGGCAAGUGCGUAUGCCCAAAAUUGGUUAUGGAAGUGCCAAACGAACUCGUCAUAUCCACCCUGAUGGCUUCAAGCACGUUUUGAUCCGCAAUGUUAAGGAGCUGGAGGUAUUACUUAUGCAACAUCGCACUCAUGCUGCAGUUAUCGCACAUACUGUGGCAAGAAAAAAUCGUGUCAAAAUUGUUGAGCGUGCCAAACAACUUAGCAUAAGAGUUGUGAACGCCAACGCUGGCUUGAGAUCCACUGAAAAUGAGUGAUCAAUAAAUACAGGUUGGUAUAC